AUGCAUUUUUCUCGGGUGUCUCUCGCCCUCGCCGGCCUUACCACCAUAGCCGUAGCCGCACCCAUCAACAGCCGAGACACCGCCCGACCAGCUGGCUAUGUCCCUUACGCCUGCUACGUCCCCUACUCCGCUGAGGUCGAAGCGGCAGCCGCGAAGAUGGCUCCACACGACAAGCGCGGAAUCCAGGCCGAAUAUGCCCCGUACACCUGCUACGGCUCGUACUCUGAUGAGGUUGAAGCAGAAGCCGCUAAGAUGGCUCUACGCGCGUCCUCCUUCCCUUUUGUGCGGUUUCCCGGGUUCUAA